AGUCCGGACUGGACAUUUUUUUUAAAACCCGGCCUUACUUACGAAAUGGAAUCGCCCGAUGACCUCUAUGCGACUCUAUAUGGUAACCUGGUUUUUGGCACUCAAAACAAGUUCAUGACCUCUAAGUUCAAGGUUGACUCAAUGACUGACACGUACAAGGAUGCUCCGCACUAAGCAUUGCCAGUAGUGAGGCCCCAUUACAAGCUGCAUGCACAGUUUCUAGGUACAGUCAAACUGAAAUACCCAAGGACACCAUGAAGGUCGUGGUGGUUGGCGCGGGAAUUGUGGGAUUGUCCUCAGCCCUGCGUAUCGUGGAGGAUUGUGGGACGGCAGGGUUGAAGAUGACUGUCAUGGCCGACAAGUUCUCUCCGAACACGACUAGUGACGUCGCUGCUGGGAUUUGGUGCCCACCGAGAAGAAAAAUGACAGAAAGAGAAAUGCAGUGGUUGAAGUGGUCCCAAGAGUACUUAACCAGUCUGCUGAAGACCCCGUACGCACCUGAGAUAGGUGUGUUCCUUCAGUCGGGUUGGAUCGUCUGGAUGCAUGCAGAUUUUCAGGAUCCUGAUUGGAAGGACCUCGUCCAAGGAUACCGUCAUCCAACCAAAUGGGAAUUAACGCACCUGUUUCCGGAGUACAAGGACGGAUUCUUCUGUACCACCUUUAUGUUGGAGAGCAGGCUUUUCCUCCCAUGGGUCACCAACAGGUUAAAGGACCGAGGAGUGAAGUUUGUAGAGAGGAAAGUCCAGUCCUUAGAUGAGUUAUCGUUGGACUAUGACGUCAUCAUCAACUGUUCAGGCGUUGGAGCGCACGAUCUGGUGGGCGAUACCAAAGUCUUCCCGUCAAGGGGACAAGUUAUGAGGGUGAAGGCUCCGUGGGUGAAACACUGGAUGCUUCUUGAGGGAAAGCAUUCCUACAUCCCGGGAAUUCCUUAUAUCGUUGGCGGAUCUAACUCUACCCUGAUUGGUGGGAUCAGACAAGACGGAAGAUGGGACUUGCACAAUGACCCACGUGACACCGAGAUGAUUUGGAAAGGCGUCACGGCUGCAUUCCCAGCGCUUAAGGAUGCAGAAGUCCUAGAAGAGAAAACUGGACUCAGACCCAUGAGGGAGAGUAUCAGACUGGAAAGCGAGAAGAAAACGGAUCCCUUGUCAGGAAGAAGUGUUCAGGUUAUCCACAACUAUGGUCAUGGAGCCAAUGGCAUCACGUGGUCCCUUGGAUGUGCCAAAGAAGUUGCGCUCAUGGUGAAACAACUUCUGCAGGAAAAGAGCACCAAGUCCCGUCUCUGAACUCUAUUGUUUAUCAAUGAAUUAUUAUCUGUAUCUAUUAAUUAUUUUACAAUCCAUAUAAUAUAAUAUAUUAUGAUAUAAGAUGAUUUACUUUUUUCAAUUUCUAUGAGUUGUUAAAAUAUCGGACAAACAUAUCACGGCGUAUGUCACUCAAAUUCUGAAAACAAUGUCUACUGCAAAGUCUUGGUAGUCCUUCGUGGUCAAAGACGACUGCAAGUGCAUUCUCAAUAGUGACAGAAUAUAUCAUAGACUGCACAAAGUAGUCAUUACUUGAUGGUAAAGUAAAGAUUUUAUAGCAAUACGGACAAAAA